AUGGCAGGUGAAACACCAGUGUUAAUUGGAUUUUUUGGGGACAGUGUGCCUGAUGGCGACCAAACGGCCGCAGAAGAGCUGAGCAAAUUCGGAGGGAAUCCGGUCUGGAUUGAUGGCAAGAUUCCGGACGGUUUUCCCUUCAAGUGCUCGCUAUGUGGAGUGGUGCUUGACUUUGUUUGCCAAGUGGCGACUCCCUACGGCGCAAACAAGAGGUGUUUGUACUUUUUUUGUUGCCAUGCACAAGCAACGUGCGGCAAGAGACCCGAGGGUUGGAAGGUUCUGAGAGGUGUUGUUGAGCCCCCUGCCCCAACCCAGGCCGAGGUAGAAGCUUGCGGGGCUGCGCAUGCUUCUAUCAAGCGAGAGGAUGACGACUUGGCGGCAGCGGACCCUUCUGACUGGCUUCAGGUUGCGUUUGGCUCCAGGACUGCUGCAAACACCUGUAGUGAGAAGGGCAAUGGGAAACCGAAGGCCGGCGAAACAACAGUGGCGCUGCCUACGUCACAGUCCGCUGCUCGGCUGCAACAAGCAAGUGAACUGAUGCCGGCAUUUUUUGUUGAAGUUGAAAAUGAGCCACCAGAUAGCUCCCAUUUGGACGCCACUGGCUUGCGGGCGCGUGAGCUACAGCUGGAGUACGAACAGAGGAGCGGCGCCGUGGAGGCAGAAGCUUACGAAGAAAGCCCUGAUAAAGUGUUCCUGAAGCUGCAAAAGCGCCUUUCGAGGAGUCCGAAGCAAGCUAUUAGGUACAGCUUCGGAGGGAAGCCCCUUUUUAUAUCGCCGUUAUCUAAAAGGGAUGCAAUGCCCCCUCCGCCCUGCCCACAUUGCAGCUGCGCUCGAGUUUUCGAAAUGCAGCUUGUUCCAGCGGCAGCGGAGGAAAUUCAGAAACGACGCCAUUCAGCCGAAGCAGCGCCUAUCGAAUGGGGAGUCGUCGUAGUUUUUACAUGCAAGGAGGACUGUGUCCCUUCUAACGCGUAUGCUGUUGAGCACGUUGCAGUCCAGGAAAUAUUAUGA